CAUGGCAUCUCUGAGGAGGACAAACUUCUCUCCAGAAAAGACAAGAACGCUGUGGACUUUGUCCUCAACUACAGCAAGCUGUGGUGCAAGUGCCUGAAGGAUCUCGUCUUCAGCCUGGAGAAAAGGGCACUCUAUGGUUAG